AUGCAUGUAUCAUUUGUAGCACAACAAAGAUUAGAUUUAUUAUUAGAACAAGAAGCAGAAUUUAAUAAUAAUUUAUCGAAUACAUCCUUUUAUAAUAACUCUGCUAUAAAUACUAUACCACCAGCAUACUCAACAGAAGAAAACAAUAACAAUUCCUCAAUACCCAAAUAUCCAACACAAGCACAUAUAUCAUCAGAACUGCCAACCUACGAUCAUGCUACUAUUGAUAUGCCACCAUCAUAUGGUUCACACAAUAACAAAGAUAAUGAAGUAGCUUAUGACACUUUUAUUGUUACAAAUGAACUUCCUUGGCCAAUAACAAAGAAACUUUAUAUUAUAGGCUUCGUGUUUUGGCCACUUUGGCUCGUUGGUAUGGGAUUCAGUAUAUUUGGCAAGAAGAAUGAAACAAGAAAAUGGGGAAGAAGAUGUGCUUGGAAUUCAUUAAUUAUCAUGCUAGUAUUUGCUUAUAUGGUGGUAGCUUAUAUAAGAACAAACGGCAGAAUAGUCAUGUAA